UCCCCCACUCGGAGUACAGAUGGUAACGUCCGGAAGUCCAGGAGGAGACUACGGCUGCGCUUCUGGCGAAAGGGCAGGCGUCGCGGGCCUGGCCACUUCCGCACUUCCGCUUUCCGGCCCAGCCAGCGCCCGAGAUGACUGCCACUCUCCGCCCCUACCUGAGUGCCGUGCGAGCCACACUGCAGGCUGCCCUCUGCCUGGAGAACUUCUCUUCCCAGGUUGUGGAACGACACAACAAGCCGGAAGUAGAAGUCAGGAGUAGCAAAGAGCUCCUGUUACAACCUGUGACCAUCAGCAGGAAUGAGAAAGAAAAGGUUCUGAUUGAGGGCUCCAUCAACUCCGUCCGGGUCAGCAUUGCUGUGAAACAGGCUGAUGAAAUUGAGAAGAUUUUAUGCCACAAGUUCAUGCGCUUCAUGAUGAUGCGAGCAGAGAAUUUCUUUAUCCUUCGAAGGAAACCAGUGGAGGGGUAUGACAUCAGUUUUCUGAUCACCAACUUCCAUACAGAGCAGAUGUAUAAACACAAGUUGGUGGACUUUGUGAUCCAUUUCAUGGAGGAGAUCGACAAAGAGAUCAGUGAGAUGAAACUGUCAGUCAAUGCCCGUGCCCGCAUUGUGGCUGAGGAGUUUCUCAAGAAUUUUUAAACAUCUGGUUGGAUCUCGUGGCCUUCCCCCUCAGAAUCCUGUGUCUCUGCGAAGUCGUCCUGGAGUUACUUCUUGGAGCAGCAGUGGAAGCAGAGGAGGGGAACUGGGUUGGGGCGGGCAUCAGAGGUGGGAGGGGGGGUGGUGUGCUUGCUAGCUGGCAGCAAAGCAGCAGUGGACCUGCCCCAAGGCCACACGUGCCUGGUCAGGCUGGCUUCUGAUGUUCAGUCCCCUGGGCUGGGACAGAUUUUUUUUUAAUGUCUUGAACUUAAACUGUGCUUGUAGGAGACUGUAA